AUGGCGGAUGACAACUCGAAGUCAAACUCCGAAUCGCAACUGAGCGAUCAAGAACAGACACGUCUCCCGACCCAGGCAGAGCUCGAUAAAGUUGCUCAAGUAAACAUUUUGGACAAGAAUGGCGACAAGAAGCAAUUCGGUACACUCUGGAGUCGUCAUGGAGAUAUUCCGCGUCGAACGAUCGUUAUUUUCAUCCGUCACUUCAACUGCGAGUCGUGCGCGGAUUACGUUCGUGCGCUGUCAAAGGCGUUCUCCCCUGAGGAUCUAGCAUCUAGGCCCAUACCAACAAGGCUUACUAUUGUAGGCUGUGGCAGCCAUACCUUUAUCUCGACAUAUCUCGAGCGCACUGGCUGCAAGUUCGAGAUCUUUACGGAUCCUUCGCGUGUCACAUACGAUACACUUGGUAUGACGUGCAACUUGGGACUGGGAAAGAAGCCGAAAUAUAUUGAGAACAGUCUUAUGGGAACAUUGAUUGGCACCGUGAACACAUUGAUGACCUUGACCACUUCGUCGGGAAAGAAGAGCCAGAAUGGUGGAGAACUCGUCUGGAUCGAUGGUGAGAUCAAGUGGGCAAGGAGGAUGCAAAACACACGCGAUCAUGUCGAGAUUGAGGACUUGAAGCAUGUUUUGGACGAGCAGGAGAAGAGCCUCGAGAAUGACACCGCAUGA